AGCCCAACUUCAGUCGGUUGUUUGCGCUCCGCACAAUCGGUUCGGUUUUCCGUGAGUUACUCGCAUUUUCGCAAAAAAUAUCAGUAUAGUGCCCGUUGCUCAAUUUUCCACCGCAGGGGUUCUCCCCACAGCCAGCAAACCAGCGUGGCGCUACUCUAUAAAAAAAAUUUAGCAACUUAUAACCGGUAGUAUUUGAACAUUUAGUUGUUGAUAUAAUCACUUGGCUACCAGCUACUGAAGGGGAAUCGCAAGAGCGUCAAAUUGUACUUGUCGUCCAGCGGGGUUUAAGUGACGAACCUCCACUGCCAUUGUUGUGAAAGAAAGAGGGAGUGAAAGAAAACCUGCAAUAGUCAUAACUGAAAAUUAUUUUCUCUAAAUUUGAUGCACGUGAAUGCUACUUGUUGACCUUGGUCAAUACAGCUAGUUCGAACCGAUGUAACAUUUCACUUGCGGGUGCGUGUGAAUUUUGACCAACGAUGACGGAAAUUGGACGGUAAUACACCAAUUUAUCAAAGUUAUUGCUGGUAGUACGUGAAUAGCUGUGAACCCGCGUUUUAGGUGUUUAUAACACUUUGUGACUGAUUUGAGAGAAUAACAAGCAGCGAGGUGUUACCUCCGGUGAACGUUGUAUCUGGUGGUGUUACUGUUUCAUCGUGGAUUUGAAAGGCGGGAUUUUACUUGAAUCCGUUCGUAGUAACAAGCCAAACAGAAUGGAUGCGGAGGAGAGUAGCAAGAUAAGCGAUGGGAUUGAUUCGCCUUUGUGGAUGUUUUGGAAGCGUCGGCGUUACAUGGUGGUGUUUAUGGCCUUCCUCGGCUUCUUUAAUGUGUAUGCCCUGCGGGUAAAUCUCAGCGUGACCAUCGUGGCCAUGACCGAAAAAAGGGAAGUGGAUUACGGAAAUGGAACUAUUGGAGAGGAGCAGUAUUUCGAAUGGGACUCACAGACGCAGGGAUUAGUACUGAGUUCCUUUUUCUAUGGUUACAUUCUGACCCCAUUCCUUGGGGGAUUCAUUUCCAAUAAAUUUGGCGGAAAUUACGUUUUCGGUAUCGGAAUUGGAGUCACCGCUAUUUUAACCUUACUGACACCAGUAGCGGCGGAGGGUGGCCUCGGAGCACUGAUUGCGGUGCGCGUCAUCGAAGGUAUCUUCGAGGGAGUUACCUUUCCAUGUAUUCACGCCGUCUGGUCCAAAUGGGCCCCUCCGUCGGAACGGUCUCGGAUGGUUUCGAUUGCUUUCGCAGGUAACUACGCAGGAACGGUCGUCUCGAUGCCGCUUAGUGGAAUCUUUGCACAAGCUUUCGGUUGGGAAAGCGUGUUUUACAUAUUCGGAGCAAUCGGCUGCGUUUGGUUCCUGGCGUGGUCGUUUAUGAUCAAAACGUCGCCCGAAGUUGACCCUUGGAUAUCAUCCGAGGAGAAGAAGUAUAUACUUUCUUCCCUAAACAGGGUAGAAGGUACUUCGGAGAAGGUCAAGCACCCUUGGAAGGGUAUUUUGACCUCGCUGGCAGUAUGGGCUCUUGUUGCUUCUCAUUUCUCCGAAAACUGGGGAUUCUAUACGCUUCUUACUCAACUACCAACGUUUUUGAAAGAUACUAUGCAUUUCCAUUUGGAGAAAACGGGCAUUAUAUCCGCCAUUCCUUAUCUGGUAAUGGGAAUCUUUUUAUUCAUUUCUGGAUAUCUCGCCGAUUUGAGUCAGGAUAAGGGAUGGCUCACAACUUCUCAGGUUCGUCGUUACUUCAACUGCGGAGCGUUCCUGGGCCAGACUGUCUUCAUGAUAGUCGGCGCUUAUAUCCUGGAGCCAGCAACAACGAUCACUUGCAUCACGAUUGCCGUCGGUAUGGGUGCGUUUGCCUGGUCCGGAUUCGCAGUCAAUCAUUUGGACCUGUCGCCGAAAAGUGCCGGAGUGAUGAUGGGAAUAUCGAAUACGUUUGGCACCAUUCCCGGUAUUGUGAGUCCGAUAAUUACCGGUAGCAUCACUUCUAACGGCUCUGACGAUGAGUGGCGGAUUGUGUUUUACAUUGCGGCCGGAAUCUAUCUGAUAGGAUGCAUGAUCUACUGGUUCUGGGCGUCGGGAGAGUUGCAACCCUGGUCGAUAGAAGCACAGGAGCUGCGGGACAAGGAAAAGAACGGGCGACACAACGGAGUUGAUGGUUUCGAUAAUAAAAUUAGUAUUGAUGAUGAGAAGUGAUAAAUGUGCUGUUUUUGUUAGUUGUGUAGGUUCGAAAUGUGUAUGCUGUACGUUCAAGUUUUAUAUGAAUGUUCAAGCGUAGUUGUUGGCAUUAUGUUGUGCUAUCGUUAGAAAAAUAAAAAAUGUCUUGAAAUUUUAUGGGAAAA